AUGGGAUCAAACGGAAACGGGCAACCAGAUGGAUUGGCACGACAAGGUUCAUUGUAUAACCUAACUUUAGAUGAGGUUCAACAGCAAUUAGGAGAUCUUGGAAAACCCUUAAGCAGUAUGAAUCUUGACGAGCUUCUUAAAAGUGUUUGGACUGCUGAAGCAAAUCAAGGUAUGAUGACGUUGACAGGUGGGCAGGCGGAUUACACCCACCAUGGUCAAGGUCAACCUUCAUCUCUUUCUCAUGAGCUAAGAAAGCGAACUGUUGAUGAAGUAUGGCAAGAUAUCCAACAAGGUCAUAAGAGUAAAAGUAAUAACAAUAAUGCUGAGAAGAAGGGUAGUCGGGAGAGACAACCCACGCUAGGUGAGAUGACAUUGGAGGACUUUUUGGUGAAAGCAGGGAUUGUUGCAGGAAAGAAAAAUACAGGUGGUUCUGUUACAGGAGGAGUUGAUUCAAAUGUGGGACACGGACAUCAACAGGCACCAUGGAUGCAGUAUCAGGUUGCACCAAUCCCACAGCAACAUGUGUAUAUGACAGGGCAUGGGCAUCAAUCUUUGCCAUUGAUAGAAAUGGGGUAUCCUGAGACACAAAUGGCUAUUUCUCCUUCACAUUUGAUGCACAAUUUAUCGGAUACACAGACUCCUGGAAGGAAAAGAGUUGCUUCUGGAGAUGUCAUGGAGAAGACUGUUGAACGGAGGCAAAAGAGAAUGAUCAAAAAUAGAGAAUCUGCUGCACGCUCACGAGCAAGAAAGCAGGCUUACACCCAUGAACUGGAGAACAAGAUUUCACGCUUGGAAGAGGAAAACGAAAGACUUAAGAGACAGAAGGAGGCAGGGAAUGCUUUACCAAGCGCACCACCACCAGAACCAAAGUACCAGCUUCGAAGAACAAGCUCGGCUCCUUUCUAGCAACAAUUCUUUCUUGAUAGAGAGAGACAGAGCCAUUUCAGUUUUUACUUUUUUUACUUUUUUACUUUUUGUUACUUGUUAGGAGACAUGGUUUUGAUUGAUAUAUGGCUUCUUGUGUUUGUUUGGUACUAGUGUUGUUUCUUAGUUUAAUAGUUUUGUUUGAAUAGUGUAUCUAUCUAUCGAUCGAUCGUGGGUGAUGUGAUGUGAUGGAUUCAGGACACCAACACUAUUCCUUGUAUGUAUUAUGUAUAUUGUUAAGAAGACAAGUAUGAAUCUUUGUAAUCACAAUGUCACUUCAAAGUUUUUCUUCAUAUAGCCUUCCAGCAUUGUUUAUC